AUGACAAGGUUUAACAAGGAAAGGCUUCAAAUACCCGACCUUCACAUCACAACAGCUGUCUCCGCCCUCACUUACGCCGUAAGAUGUGAAGUUUUCAAGAUGUCCUUAUCAAAGACCCCAUUGCAGACAGUGACCGAGCUCCUCACCCGAGCUGAAAAAUACAUUAAUAUGGAGGAAACACUAAAUCCAAGGAGACCUGGUCCUUCCCAUGAAAAGAUCGAGAACAAGAGGAAUGAGGCGCCAUCAACACCUCUUACUCGGUUGAACACCUCUAAGACAAGCAUUUUGAUGGAGGUUAAGGAUAUGAAAGAAUUAAAGUGGCCUUCAAGGAUGAAUUCGCCCCCUGACACAAGAGAUAGGAGCAAGUAUUGCGAAUUUCACCGGGAUCAUGGGCAUACUACAGAGGAUUGUCAUGCUUUACAUCGAGAAAUUGAAGCCCUUAUCAAAAGAGGAUUUUUAAAGAAUUACAUUCGUCAUGAUAAGCGACCAAGGAGUGACCGUGACAAUCGGAAAGAGCCUGGGACUGGAAGCAGUGCUCAACCCACUGUCGGAACCAUUAAUAUUAUCGUUGGGGGCAUAGCAUCUGGCAGAGACACAAGUAGUGGGCGAAAGCAGUAUGCCCACCAACAUGCUCAUACCCCAAGAGAAUCCCGUAAUGAAGUCAAAUACAUCACUUUUGGAGUAAGAGAUUUGGAAGGAAUAUCAUAUUCUCAUGACGAUGCCUUGGUCGUCUCUGUGGUUGUGGCUAACUUCGAACAAGAGGCUUUCACCAAAAUCGAAAUCUCUCCCAAACAGCUCAAAGCAGUAAAAACUCCCCUACAGGGAUUUGGUGGUGGAGUCAUUAUCCCUGAAGGUAUCGUCGAGCGCCCGCUUACAUUAAGAACUGGUAGUACACAAGUGACAGAGAUCACACUAUUCCAAGUGGUUAAUACCCCAAUGGCCUACAACAUCAUUCUGGGAAGACCCCUACUGAACAAGAUCCAGGCUAUUGUGUCAACUUUGCACCUCGCCAUGAAGUUCCCCACAGGUCAUGGCAUCGGAGUAGUUCAAGAAGACCAAACAGUGGCUAGACAGUGCUAUGUUACUAGCAUCCGAGGAAUGAGUGUUAACGUCAUGCAACUCGCAGACCUCGAGCUCUAG